UUCAACCCAGUGUCCCUUCCCAAAGACCUUCCAGACUGGGACUGGCGACAUGGAUGCAUACCCUACCAGAAGAUGGACUUGUUUGCAGUGUUGUGCAUUGAAACCAGUCACUACGUGGCAUUUGUCAAGUACGGCAGGGACGAUUCUGCUUGGGUGUUUUUUGACAGCAUGGCAGACCGGGAUGGUGGCCAGAAUGGGUUCAACAUUCCACAAGUUACCCCCUGUCCGGAGGUGGGGGAAUACCUGAAGAUGUCCCUAGAAGAACUCCAUGCCUUAGACUCUCGGAACAUUCAGGGUUGUGCUCGUCGGCUCUUGUGUGAUGCAUACAUGUGCAUGUACCAGAGCCCCACAAUGAGCUUGUAUAAAUGAACAACUAACCUGUUUUUGGCUCACUUACAUAGUUAUUUUCUGAUGCAUCCCUUUCUACAAGAGUGACUUGUGGACCUUGUCCAUCUUCCCCCACUUAUGUUGCUUCGAUAUCCAUUUAACUCCUUUGCUGCCAAUUCCCCUUGGUGACAAACUGUUUAACACAACAUAGUAAACAGAAAAAACUUCACAGAAUGUAUUAACACAGGGAAUGGAACAGUUGUUAAAGCUUUAAGUUCUAUCAGGUCCUUCUGUUUGAGAAAGUAUUAAACAGCACAAGUAUAAAUGGCUUUCGGAAUGGAGUGUCAUUUUUGCAGGCAAUGUUGGCUUCGGAACUUGCAAUCUCAUCCUGAAACGCGAGGACUUGGAGCAUUUAUCGAGUAAGAAUGUUUCCAAAUUCAUAGACAACCUUUUGGUUUUUGAGGGUGUUUUCAAAUAGGAAAAUUAUAUAAAAAACAUGACCAUAGUGGCUAUGGUGAGCGUGUAAUUUGCACUAAGUUAAUGGUUACGUAAGUGUGGCAUUUGUAUUUAAUUUCCAGAUGAUAUUCAAUAAAAUGUAAUAAAUUUAUUAAGCUAAA